AGUCAAAUGUCCAACAAUGAAAAGCGCUACCCAAAGAUAAUUUUUCGAAAUGACAAGAUCAAGAAAAUUCGUCGUAGAAGCAUGUGUCUAGUAGAUAAUUCGCCAAGAGUAGUCUUUUGCGUUUUAUUAGUCAAAUUACCAUGUUCGAUGUGAUAGUACAGAAGUCGUUUUCUGCUUCUAGAACACUUUCCCAGGGUGUCCAGAAGGCUGUAGGCCGAUACGAUAUUGUUGAACUAGUAGAGCUCCAUUUGUUCUUUUCGAAUUCACCACGACCAUGUCCUCGGCCAAGUCGCCUGCGCUGAAGCGACAAAAGCUAGACCCCGCCGGCGCCACGACAAAAACAACGCAGAAAAGCCCAAGGGCACAGCAAUUAAAUUCACAAGCGCAAAAUAAACUACUGCGAGAAACAAAGCCGAGUGGAGCCGGGAAGCUGCAGGGGCCCGGUAGUGCUGCGGCCUCCCCCCGCGCAGCGCUGGCGCCGCGAAAGAGCAAGAUGGAUGGGAAUCCAGCAGCAACCACCGGACGCGCUGCUGGCGACGAAAAAGAAGGAGAACUUCUCGCAACUACGACAGAGAACCAGCAGCACACUUCUGCAGUGCAGCUUUGUUAUCCAUUGGACAGCACGAGUAGAGACGAGGAAGACGCACUGCUCGUGGGAUUACAAAGAAAAGACGGUCCUUUUCUCUUGUCCGAGGAUGGAGUAUUAAAGAUUUCAAACGACAGCACGACGUGUCGCACUUACGCCGAGUUUUCCUACCCCAUUGAGAAGACGAAGGCAAGUCUGGACAAGAAUGAAUACCGGCACAUUCGCAUGCAUAACGGCAUCCACGCAGUGCUGGUCUCGUUGAAAAAUGAGGACGAAGAUGAGGAAGCAGUAGCAGGCAGAGGUGAACAACAAGCGGAAGAUGAAGUAGAGCACACUGGACGAAAUCAUGAUGCUGGUCCUGCUGCCGUUGACGGUUCAUCACUGGCUGUAAAAAAAUCCGGAAAUAAUGAUAACCCGCCGGUGCCGGCCUCCCCUUCCAAAGGCAGCGACGCGGCGGACGACGUGAAGGCGGCCUGCGCCGUGUCGGUUGGGGUGGGUCAGUUUUCGGACCCGGCGGAAGCCCAGGGGAUCGCGCACUUCUGCGAGCACAUGCUCUUCAUGGGCUCCAGCAAGUACCCCGGGGAGAACGCGCACGAGCAGUGGCUCACGCAGAACGGCGGGUACAGCAACGCCUUCACCGAGUGCGAACAGACAACCUACUACUUCGAGUGCGACAACGAGGGCUUCGAAAAGGCGUGCGACAUGACGUCGCAGUUUUUCAUCGACCCGCUGUUUGAAAAGGACGCCGUGGAGCGGGAGAUUAAGGCGAUCGAGUCCGAGUUCCGGCUGUCGCAGAACAGCGACCAGACGCGGAUCGACCAGGUUUUGGCGCACUUGUGCACCAAGGGCCACGUGUAUAACAGCUUCGGGUGGGGCAACUGGAAGUCCUUGUGGGAAACGCCGCUGGAGGAGAAGAAAAACGUCUACGAGUUGGUGAAGAAGUUUUACCGGGAAGAGUACCUCACUUCUCGAAUCUCGGUGUGCCUCGUCGGCUGCAUGCCGCUGGAUGAACUGGAAAGGUGCCUCAGAAACUCCUUCGGACAAAUCCCGAAGAGGGAGGGUGCAGGAGCAGCAGCUCGUGGUGAGCAGCAGGGGCAGGAGGUAUUGCCGUCUAGUAGUACAACCGCCGCAAAAGUAGAACAGAUGGUCAAGAAGAACCCUGCGACAGAGGACGAACCACCACGGACAUCAAAAAUGGGCAUGAAGAAAGCGCCACCUGUAGCUGCAGGUCCGUCCUCCUCCUCCGCUACCACUAAUGGGAAUAACAGCCACGACCACCAAAACGACUCGGACGCCGCAAAAACCCGAGCUGCACUACUCUCAGCAAAAACACCAAUUGCGAAAAAGCAGGUUUUUUUCCCCCGCAACCCGUUGCUGCCCUUCUCCUACCGGAAGGACCCGCAACUUUCAUCCUACCCCCCCAUCAAGGAUUCCGAGUUGCCCAUGCUGCUGCGGCAGAAGCCCGUGGCGGACACGCACAAGCUGUAUCUGGCCUGGGUUCUGCCCCCGAUCAAGGACCCGAAGCAUCUGUUCUAUCAGCACCCGUUGGAGAUCAUCAGCUAUUGCAUCGGCCACGAGUCGAAGGGGAGCAUCUUGGAGUACCUGAAGCAGAAGCACUACGCUACGUCGCUGGCCGGGGGCCAGGGGCAGAGCGGGUACGAGGAUAGCAGCAUUUGCACCAUGUUCACGAUCGAGAUCGGGUUGACGAAGAAGGGGUUGCAGCACUGGGACGAAGUGGUCGAAAUCGUGUUUGCGGGCAUGGAAAUGAUUCGAUUGGAGUUCGAGAAGCUCCACGGCGAACUUUCCGACAGUGGAGCGGAAGGAGAGCAGAUUCAUCCUGUUGCUGGACUAAAUGAUGGCACUGCAUCUUUGAAAAAUAAUAAAACGGGUGGAAAUGUUAAAAUGAAGCGCGCUUCGCUCAAGGAGAAAGGCGCGAAUAAUUCGACAAAAGUCGCUGUCGCGGUGGACACGAAAUCUUCCACGUCGAACAAAAGAACCAGCGCAGCAGCAGCUACUGGAAAUGCCGGUGCCGCCCAGGAAGAACUACCAGAGCAGCAGCAGAAAAUAAUAAAUCGGCCUUUGUCCAAGCUGCACCAGAUUUACGCGGAGGCACGACUGCUGAACAACCUCGAGUUCCAGUUUUCCGAGGAGGAGCGGGGCAUCGAGACCGCACAGCGCAUCGUCGCGACGCUAGCCCCGUUAUCAACUGUAAAAAUGUCUGGGUCUGGAAGAAUUGAUGUUUGUCAUGCUUGUCUGGCAUGACUCUUAAAUCUGUCAUGCACGUUACCCAGGAGCUCUGUUUUUCUGUGAUGCAGAAACGCAGUUUGUCAUGCAGAAUAGGCAACACCUAGAAGCUCAGAAACUUGUCAUGCUGGGCCAGCAUUUUUGGCCUCAUCAUGAGACGCUACCCAGCAUCACAAGUUUCCAGACCCAGACACUUUUACAUUUGAUACCCGUGCUCCGGCAUCCGCAAGUGCGACGUGCUGACCGGGGCGUAUUUCUUCCCCGAAACGUAUGGGAAUGUCAGGAUCGAAAUCGACAAAAUCGAAAAAUUUGUAAUGCAUAAAAUGUAGGGCACGCAUUACCUGUGUUGGGGAGCAGGCAAAUAAGACCGAUUACAAGCCUGUUUAGGGGAAGACGAUAUGCUGCUAGAGUAGCAUGACAGGAGCAGUCUUUUUGCUCAAACAGCAUGACAGACUGAGUUUUGUUGCUCUCGAAAUUUGUCAUGCGCCACUUAGAAACUGAGGCUCCAACUGGUAUAGAUUUUAUGCAUCACAAAUUAUUUCGAUUUUGUUGAUUUCGAUCCUGACACUUCCAUAAAACACCGGAUUUGGAGCUCGCGUACGAGUAUUUCAAGCAAAUGAGCAUUGACCGGUGCAUUCUCGGGAUUUUGUCCUCCAGCUACGGCCAGGCUGUUCGGAACGAAGAAGAGGAGGACGACGAGGAGGGCGUAUCAAAAUAAAAAAUCCCUCCACCCCAUAUCCAAACGAAGUUUGUGAUGCUGGAUUCGCGUACACAAAUCAGAUUUGUCUUGCUGGAGAGGAGUGCGCCCCAUACCAAGCCUGAGCAGAGAGGCUUUGGACUAGGCUUUUGGCAUGAGAAACGUCUGCGCUAUAGGCCCAACAGCAUUGCAAAUCGCCUGCAUAAUGCGGCGCAGCCUGUGGAGUUGCAUUCUUGCAAGACGGAGAUGAUUUGUGGUCGCAAAUCAGCAUUGCAGAUUUUCUGCGACGUACCUUUUCGAUAUGGGGAGGGGGGAUUUUUCCUCACAAUAGGGCGACAAUUCUGACGACGAAGAUGCUGAUGCGAAGCAGGACAAUAAAUCUAUUAUAAAAGAGGUCGCGUCGUCGAUCCAGAAGCGCAGUUCUCCUCGACAGAGCGAUGUUGGAGGUUGUGCGUCCGGUGCAGUGAUCAACAUCCCGAACCGGCCGCGGAGUCGCAGCUGCCAGCAAGCCGUGCCGACGCCGCACAACGCGGCAGGCCGCAGGCUGUCGAAGCACGGCAGCAUGCAUAGUUCCGACGAGGAUUUGUCCAGCGAUUCUUUAUCGGAUGAGGAGGAGGAAGAGGAGGACAGCGUGAGCAUGUCCGCUGAAGGAAUAAUAAAUCCUCCAGCUGGUCGUGGGUCGCGGGCUCCUGUGUCGGAGAUGAACAAGGUAGGUCCAGCACCGAAGAGGAAAAACAAAAAGAACUUGCCGCGAAAUUCGGACGCUGAGCCGGAGCAGGAGGAGGAACUGUCAGAUGAAGAUGCCUCCCGGAUGACGGUUCGGUCCGCCGCCACCUCCCGCACAAACGCUGCGCACCGAAAAGCGAACGAAAAGCUCGACCCCUGGCUGCCGCUCGGCGGAGCGGCGGGGCUGGAUUGGGAAGUCGAGCCCUACUUCGAAACGGAAUUUCACAAGUCCGAGAUACCCUUCGUGCUCCUCAAAAACUGGCGCAACCGGGACUACCUCCGGAAAAAGUACUUUUUGGGCGGAAAUGAGAGUAGUUCUACUACAACGGGCACAACAAAAGUAGACAAGAAUACUGCAUCUUCCUCCGACGUCGAAAUGCUGACGCCCCGUGGAGGUGGUGAUACUUCUAAAGUUGCACAGCCGCACCAUCCGCGGAUUCAUUUUCCGCCCGCAAACCCGUUUCUGCCGAAGGAUUUUCGGUUGCUGGAGCCCGAGGACGGUAGUCGCGCAGAGAGUAGUAAAGCGGGAGCAACUGCCACUGGUAACAAAACCAGCGGUCCCGCUGCGACAAGUAGGACAAAGAGAAAUUCUGGGAACAAUGCAGCGGGAAGUUGUAGUGCCACGCAUCUUCAAACAGCCUCAGGAAAGAAUGCGUCUGCUGUCGCACUCGCGGGGAAAGACGCGCUUUCCUUCACGCCCCCCAGCUUGCCGGAAGGACCAUUGGCCAAAAGUCUCAGGUUGAAGGACGACAGUGUGUCUGGUCCUGUUGCGGUCGAUGAAAACACGACAGGAAAUAAUGAUGGCACGAGUGCGAUCAUGAACAGUCAUAAAGCCGCGAAAAACACCAUAAACGCCAAGAAUAGCAAAACCCCCGCGACGAGCGCCAUUAAAUCUGUGAGCAAUCCACCGUCCCCUCCUGCGCAAACGGCAUUGCACACCCUGAUUAGUCAGCAAAUCGUCGAGAAGCGGCUGGAAGUGCCAAGGCUGUUCGAGAAGAGUGAGGUCUGCCAGCUCCCGGACCGACUAAUAUCCCGGUUCGAGAAAAAGACGAAGAAGACGGCACAGAUUUUGCUCCACACCGUGACCGUCGGAGGAGCAUCGGACAAUAAAAAAGCUGCAACUACAAGUGCUCAACAGCAGGAGCACCAGCAAAUCCUGACGCCCCUGUACCGGUUCUACUCUUUCCACAAGCACUUUGACAUGCCGAAAACCCACGUUUUCCUCCGGCUGUACCCGACCUUUCACGACAUUCUGUCGACCAUCGAUUCGGUCUGCCUUACCUGGCUGUGCCGCACGCUGGAGGACCGGCAGAGCGACAUCGCGUACCAGGCGGACACUGCGCAGCUUCAUUUCUCCAUCACCUCCGCCAUGGAGGGGUACCUUGUGCUACAUUUCUGGGGCUUCAGCGAGAAGCUCGCGGACCUGAUGCGUGCGGUUUUGGGGAACGUGAUGCGCUUCUGUGGGGACUACGGACUGAAAACGCCGGGGAUGUUGUGCGCUAGCAGGACAACUAUUUCUACAGGCGGUGCCCAGACUGGUGGAACAACAUCAAAGGCAGCCAAUGCAGGAGCAAAUUCAUCUACUACAGCGCUGAACAAACCACCAAUAGAUAAUAAAGAACAACUCCACGAGCACGCGGGAGAGCUGUUACACACCGACGGCCGCGUGGAGGCGAUUCGGCAGAAGCUCGCCCGCAAGUAUGCGAACGCGAAUCUCGACGCGUCUUCGCACUCCGACCGUUUGCGUCAGGAGCUGUUGGUUGCUAGUUGCCACGACCUCGAGGCGCAAGUGGCUUUCAUCGAUCCGCAGUGCGAGGAAGAGGCUGAUAGUGUCGCCGCUGUUGGCAGUAGCAAAACCGCGAACCAGCCCGUGGACUUCAAAUCUCUGUUGACAUCAACAUUUUUGCCCGGAGGUGGAACUUCAUCUACAGAGGGAAUAAAGGCAUUCGCGACAACCACGACGGCCUUGAAAAGUGGAGCAACAACGGCGGGCAAUCAUAAACUCAACCCUCCGCCGCGUGUAGGAACAAUGAAUGCGACCAAUUCGUCUCAUAACAAUCUCCUCCCCGUUCCAGGACCUUCGCCAAAUUUGAUUCCGCAGCACAAACAGACGACGCGGGAGCGGUCAUCAAGUAAGACGCAGGUUAACAAAGACAACCCGAAGCUUAUUCUGAGUAAAAACGUCCCCAUCCCAGAGUUGUCAUGCAAAUCUGCAUGCCAAAACCGUUUCUCAUGCAGAGCCCCAUGAGAAGCAUUUUCUAUUCGUAUUUGGAAAUUUCUGAUGCUAGAAUCAGCAUGAUAUGCUGUAUCUGUGACGCUUCUGAUCUAGCUAAACAGGAUUACACUACAAAGACGAACUUGUCAUGCGAAACAACCAAAGCUGUUGGAUUUGUAUAGCAGAUUUCGCAUCUUGACUCUGGUGUGGGGACGUUUUUACUCAGGAUAAAGCUGGACGAGACGUACGCGAAAUUCGCGGAAUAUGCCGAAAGGUUCUUCUCGCUUUUCUAUCAAAUGUAAAAAUGUCUGGGUCUGGAAGGGUUGGAACUUGUGAUGCAAACUCUGGAACACACAAAAAUUUGUGUUGCAUGAGCGCCAAAAGCUGUCCAUUUCUUGGCACGCAAGUAGGAAGUUUCUCAUGCGGGACAGGCAUCAUGAGGCGUGCUCAAAACCUGUGAUGCUUUUGCCUGCAUCAGACGCCAUUUGCGUGAUCCGAAAUAUGCAUGAUAAAUCUCGCAAUCUUCCAGACCCAGACAUUUUUACAUUUCAUAUUUUCCGGAUUGACAUGCUGAUUGAGGGAAAUUUCGACACCCAAUUGCAGACGGCGGUCGCAGAUCUGGUGAAGGCGGAAACCGGCUGCGGCACGCGGACGUUGUCGCCCCAGGAACAGAAAAUGUUCACAAUCGUUGGUAGUGGAACGACUUCUACACCUGCGGAAACCUCAGCAGUUACCGCGGAAAAUAAGAAUGCGACGACAAACAACUUCCAGAGCGAUAACAAUAAACAUCAUCAGCUGCAGCUCACCCCCGCGGAGCAGUUUCUGCAGCACUACCCCAUCCACUGCAACUACUGCCAGAAACUGCCGAAGAACACGACGCUGCUGACCGUGCAGCCGUCCGCGGACGCGAAGCAGAAGAACACCGUGAUCACGCUGUACUACCAGUUUGAGCGGACCAGUCCGACGCUGUCGGCCGCGAACGAGUUUCUGCAGGACCUUUUAUACGAGCCGAUGUUCAACGAGCUGCGCACGAAGCAGCAGCUGGGCUACAGUGUGAACUGCGCGAUCCGCGACACCUACGGGGUGGCAGGGUUUAUGUUUACCAUCUGUUCCUCGAGUUUUGACUGCGUGUAUUUGUUGGAAAAGUUGCUGAAGUUCAUCCACGAGUUCGACUUGGUAAAGGAGCUCGGGGAGGAAGCGAUCGAGCAAGUGCGGCACAACUGCGCGAAGAAACUCUUGGAGCCCUGUCGCAACUUGACCGACUUGGCCGCCCUCCACUGGGGGUGCAUGACGGAAACGCGGGCCCCGCGGUGGCAGCACGACCGGGAAAUUGCGUACUCGCUGAAGCACGCCGACGUGGUCGGGUUGUGGAACCAGAUCCGGAACUUUGGGCGGCGCACGGAGAAACAAAACUCGCUACUGAACGGACGAAUUCUGACGGUCGUGUUGUCUGAGAAAACGGAAAAAGCGAAAGCAAAACUGGAACAGAAACUGACCAAGCUGCUUACGACAGCAAAUAACAGUACUGUGAACGUAACAACAAGAAGUGGUGAAGGCGCAGUUAGUGCCACAACAUCUACUUCACGCAAGCUGGAGAAAGAGCAGAGUCAGACCUCCGGGCCCGCACAGCUGAAAGUAGUUAAGUAUGCCGAAAGUCGAAAGUUUUGGCGCUUGAAAAAAAGCCGGGAAGUAGGGGCGUUCUUCCAUCCCGGCGACCUGUUGCUUCAUUGAUAAACGUGGAGUUGUGCGGGCUCUGCAUCGAAGCACUCAGUAGAGAGCCACGGCACCAUUGACGCUGCACGAUGAAGAUGAUUUCUACGUUGGUUUUUUUGACGCGACAGUUUCCAGGCUUUUCAAUCGCAAAUAUCUACGCGGCACUCGUCCAAGGCGAAGCCUAAUGGCUCACGCUAAGUUACACUAAAGAUGAACGCGUCCACUCUAGUGCACGAUCAACGUGAGUGGUUUAUUGUCUCAAUCAAAGAAGAAGGACCAAUUAAGCUUUUGUAUGAACUUCGAUCAAAUUUUUAUCUGGCGCAGAAGCGACUAGAGGAUGAAGAAGUAGCUUAAAAAGUAACAAGAAAAUCAAAACUAUCGAGAGAGUGUAGU